AAAUGACACAAUAACAUAACCUCAAAAAUUAUAAAAUCGCAUUGUUUUGUUAUGAUUGUGUUAUUAAAUAAGAAAUACAACUAUAUUAUAAGAAUAAAUAAACUGUAAAACAAUUAUUAUUAGUAUAAUACCAAAAAUAGUCGUAAGUUCACAAAAUGGCAGACUCAUUAAAACUCAACAUACAUUUUGGAGGAGGAGCAGAAUUAUUAUUUGACAAAAUUAAAAAGAGAGAAGUGGAGUUGCCAGCAUUAAAAAAGUUUAAACCGGAUUGCCAGUGCGAAAAGUGGACAAUUAGAGAAUUAUUGUUAUGGAUUAAAGAGAAUUUGCUGAGAGAAAGAGAAGAAUUGUUUUUACAGGGUGACUCAGUGCGGCCUGGCAUCCUAGUGCUGAUAAAUGAUACAGACUGGGAGUUAUAUGGAGAAUUAGAUUACGAACUGCAACCUGGGGAUACUGUCAUGUUCAUAUCUACACUGCAUGGCGGGUAGAGAGCGUGUCAAAUAUUAUUAUUAUUUGUUAUACAAGUGUCCUUGAAGUCGACGAACAAAUAGCAUUAGAGGAUCGACAAGGCCCCAGAUCUUCGCUUAAUAUUUAUUACUUCUUCUUCACAAAUAUAACAAUGGCGGACCUAAUGCCUCAAGGCAUUCUCUGACAGUCAACCAUAGGGAAGCAUAGCAAAAAUACAGACGAAAAGACAAAGAAUUGUAGCAACCAGAGUCAAAAGACUGGCACAUGGUGUACUGUUUCGUGGAUAACAUAUAAGUCAUUGUAAUUUAAAAAUAUAUGAGUUCAAUUUUUUUCUACAUUUUUCUUAUAACUGUUGGAACCUUGCC